AUGACCCACUUUGAUGGCCAAUCAGGACGCGGUGAAGAUCUCCUGAGCCAAUGGGAGGCUUGGGGCCACCCACCUGCAUGCAUAAUAAUAGGAGGCAGAAAAAUAACUGUGGGGAGUAAACUUGGGGAAGCUGCAGCUUGCUCGGUGUGCUUUGGAGAUAACUUUGCAAAACCCCUCACCAUCAUGGACGCCUUCUGUGCUACCUGGAAACUGGUCGACAGCGAGAACUUUGACGAGUACAUGAAAGCGCUUGGUGUGGGCUUCGCCACCCGGCAGGUGGGGAACGUGACCAAGCCCACCGUGGUCAUCUGCCAGGAGGGCGACAAGGUGGUGAUCCGCACCCAGAGCACCUUCAAAAACACGGAGAUCGCCUUCAAGCUGGGGGAGGAAUUCGACGAGACCACGGCCGACGACAGGAACUGCAAAUCCACAGUGUCCCUGGAUGGAGACAAGCUGGUCCACGUCCAGAAGUGGGACGGCAAAGAGACCAAGUUUGUCCGAGAGAUCAAGGACGGCAAGCUGGUCAUGAAUUUGACCUUUGAAGAUAUCCAUUCGGUGCGUACAUACGAGAAGGCAUGA